AUGACCAUGAUAUCACUCUAUUCCGAGGCCGCUCCCCACCGGUCUGCUGCCUCACAAGCACCGUUCGAGAUACAAGAUGACGAUGCAGACGGUGAAACGCUGGCGGACAGAUUUCAGAUGCUGGAAGAACUAGGAAGUGGUUCAUUUGGUGUGGUGUACAAGGCCAUUGAAAAGGCCACGGGCGAGAUCGUGGCUAUCAAACAUGUCGACCUCGAGUCUUCCGAAGAAGAUCUCUCCGACAUUCUCUCCGAACUCUCCGUCCUAUCCUCUUGCUCGAGCUCACACGUCACAAAAUACCGCCUGGCGUUUCUGCGUCGGCAAACCUUAUGGAUUGUGAUGGAGUACCUCGGGGGCGGGUCCUGUGCGGAUCUACUCAAACCACCUCCUCACCGUUUGUCAGAGAAUCAUAUUGCCAUAGUAUGCCGCGAGCUCUUACUGGGGCUGGCCUAUCUGCACAGCGAGGGCAAGUUGCAUAGAGACAUCAAAGCUGCGAACGUCCUGCUGGGCAUGGACGGUCGCGUGAAGCUGGCCGACUUUGGAGUUGCUGCGCAACUAGUCGGUCUCAAGAGCGUCCGCAACACGUUCGUUGGUACACCUUUCUGGAUGGCACCCGAGGUCAUACAGCAAGAAGGCCAUGAUGCAAAGGCAGACGUGUGGAGUCUGGGCAUCACCGCCAUGGAAUUGGCCAACGGAGAACCACCGCAUGCCAAUGUCCAUCCCAUGAAGGUCUUGUUCCUCAUUCCGAAACAGCCCGCUCCCAGACUCGAAGGCGGAUCGUGGUCGAGAGAUUUCAGAGACUUUGUCGCUUGCUGUCUAACGAAAGACGUCGAUCGGCGACCCACCGCCAAGGAAUUGCUCAAGCAUCGAUUCAUCCGAAGUGCUGGCAAGAUCGAGGGCCUGCAAGAGUUGAUAGUGCGCAAGCAGGACUGGGAAUCACAGAAGGGUGGAGAGCGAAGCUUGAAGUACUACGCCGAAACUCUCAAAAACCUGAGCGGUGCGAAGGAAGAUGACGACUGGGUAUUCGAGACGGUCAAGGCUGUCCCGACGAUGGACUCGAGGCGUCCGAUGCCGUUUCAGACACAGAAACGUCGCAAAGUCUCAAGCACGGUGCCGGACGUCGUGGCAGAAGAGAACACGCCGAAGAUGGUGGAGCAGAUGACGCUUGAUGAGCAGCAGAGUCCAACAAAGGUGACGAUGCGCAGAAUCCCGAGCACCCAACCAGAGAGACGCCCGUCAGCAGACUACACAGCUACGACGGCCCGUAGGACAACGAGGAAGAGACUUUCCAGCCACAUCCAGGCCCGGCAACCACUGGGAGUGAAUAUGAACUUUGGCAAUUCCCCAAGCACAGUACGACAAUUCAAGAGGGUAUCAUCAAAUCCAAGCUCUUUGAGCGAUCUGCAGGACGGCACUGGAGAAGGGGAUGAGAAUGAUGAUCCCACCUCUAGUGUGGUUCGGACGCCAUCGAAAAAGCCUGGGUUGGGGAUGUUACUCGGUGUUGAUGUGCAGAAGUCUUUGUUAGGAGAAGACGAGCGGAUCGAAGAACCGAUGCAAAGAUUGAGAAUCGGUUCAAAUGCUAGCGUGAUUGCCGCACAGAGCAAGGAGGCCCAACUUGGAAGGAAACUCUACGCUUAUGCCAUUGGUAUCAGUUGCCAGGAUGUACUGAACGAGACUGCAGACGAAGUCAAACGUGAGGGCAUCGCCAGACUCGCUGAAGCAUUCUCGGAUUUAGAGAGUCUUGACCCGGAUGGGAUGUAUCAUAUCAUGAGGGGUGUGAUGGACAGAAUGGCAAGGGAUGAAACACUCAAGAGCUUAAUCCCUUCGGUACUCCCACAGCCACAGCCACAGCCAGUGCUUCGGCAAGAAUCAGGAGGAUCCCGCCGGCAGAAAGACGGCGACAAGGAGCAUGUCAGCAAACAGAUGCUGCAGACCUCACCUCGAAAAGCAAGCGAUGCCAUCCAGGCCAACGAAAGUCGCCAAGUGACUCCUUCGACCCCUCGAGCCCAAGCACAGAAAUUGGUUCUCGCACAGAACAAUCCUCAUCUGAAAAGCCAUCGUCGACGGCAGAGCGCGCAGGUUGCUGCUAGGAGUCGGGAAACAAGCCAAGGCUUGUUCGUUCCUCCCAGUCCGCUCAAGAACGCCGCAAGGCUAGAACGGGAGCAAGAUGACGACAACGAGCGAGAGAUGAUGAAUGGUCUAGUUGGUGGACUGGAACACACGAGGCAACUUGCUGAUGUGUUGUUUGAGAGGUGGUGCGAAGGACUAAGGGUGAGAUGGCCUGCGGUGUGA